ACGCGCAUGCGCAGAGGAGUGCUUUUCCUCCCCGUCGCCGAGGCCGGCGGGCCGGGAGGAGGCAUGGCGGGGGUUGGCGUGGCGCUGGCCGCCGCGGCCGUGCUCUGGAUUUGCGGCUGCGAGGCGGAGCCGGGGCCCGAAGAUGAGGCGGAGUGGGCUGAGCCCUGGGGCGGCGCGGUUUUCCGGCCGCCCUCGGUGCUGGGUCCAGUGGGAGUGGCGCGAACCUCUGGGAAGCCGGGGCCAGACGAGGGCGAGCUGCCCGUCUUGUUAUGGUGGAGCCCCGGCUUGUUCCCCCACUUCCCCGAGGACUCGGAGCGCAUCGAGUGCGCGCGCGGCGCGUGCGUGGCCUCCCGGGACCGGCGGCGGCGGCGGGAGCCGCGCACACGCGCGCUGCUCUUCUACGGCACGGACUUCCGCGCGUCCGAGGCGCCGCUGCCCCGCCUGGCGCAUCAGAGCUGGGCGCUGCUCCACGAGGAGUCGCCGCUCAACAACUUCCUCCUGAGCCACGCGCCCGGCAUUGGCCUCUUCAAUCUCAGCGCUACCUUCAGCCGCCGCUCCGACUACCCGCUGCCGCUGCAGUGGCUCCCGGGACUCGCCUACCUGCGUCGCGCCGCGCCCGCGCCCCAGGAGCGCGCGGCCUGGCGCCGCCGCGGCUACGCGCCGCUUCUCUAUUUGCAGUCCCACUGCGACGUGCCCUCGGACCGCGACCGCUACGUGCGCGAGCUCAUGCGCUACAUUCCGGUGGAUUCGUACGGCAGGUGCCUCCAGAACCGCGAGCUGCCGCCCCGGCUGCGCGACACGGCCACGGCCACGUCGGAGGACCCCGAGCUCCUGGCCUUCCUGUCCCGCUACAAGUUCCACCUGGCCCUGGAAAACGCCAUCUGCGAGGACUACAUGACCGAGAAGCUGUGGCGGCCGCUGCACCUGGGGGCCGUGCCCGUGUACCGUGGCUCGCCGUCCGUGCGCGACUGGAUGCCCAACGAGCACGCUGUCAUCCUGGUGGACGACUUUGAGUCGCCGCAGCGGCUGGCCGCCUUCAUCGACUUCCUGGACCGCAACGACGACGAGUACGCCAAGUACCUGGCCUACAAGCAGCCCGGGGGCAUCACCAAUCGGCUCCUGCUGGACAGCCUGGAGCAGCGCGAGUGGGGCGUGAACGACCCCCGGCAGCCCAGCUACCUGGAGGGCUUCGAGUGUUUCGUCUGUGACCACGAGCUGGCCAGGCUCGCCGCCGAAAGGGCCCACGCGGCCGACCCUGUCCGCAACCCGCCGCCGCCCCCCCGCAUCGCGCAGCACUCUCACAUGGCCUGCCCGGAGCCCUCGCCCGGCUUUGGGAGGCUCGAGGAGAUUCCCGAGAACGACAGUUGGAAGGAGAUGUGGCUGCAAGAUUACUGGCAAGGCCUGGAUCAGGGGGAGGCCCUCACCACCAUGAUCCACAACAAUGAGACACACCAAGGGAAGUUUUGGGAUCACAUGCAGGACAUCUUCCUCCGAAGGAACCAGUAUCCCCGAGCACCGACAUGAGCACCUAGGGCACAGCUGAGGUGGGGAAGGGUCCAGGAGAAGACAGAAUCUUUUUCUACCUUUCGACCUAAAGGGAAAGAUGUCCCCUCUUCUUGAGGUAUGGAGAUUCCCAGUACAUCUCUCCCUACACCCCACCCCCCCCACCCCUCCUGCUGUUUAGCAUGUGGUUUCAGAAAAGCCCUUCUACCCUCAAGGAAGAUGGAAUUGGAACUGCUCAUUCUGUGGCAGACCCUGUGAAGGGUUCAGUGACCCCCUGCAUUCUGACUGGUUUUAUUUAGAGAGCUGGUCCCAGAGUCUUUUCAUCUUCUCAGGUCUGAUCUGUGCUAACAUCCGUAAACCACAGGGUCCUAAAAUGUUUGAAUUGGAAGGAACCUUAUCAACAGUCCCCGCCCCCCUGCCCAUUACACACUAGUCUUUUCAAACAGGUCGACAAACCAAGGGUCAGGUAAAAUAAUUAGCCCAAUUUUGUAGUUUGUGACAUAGAUUAGGUUAGAACUGUGUCUUCUGGCCCUCAAUUCAGACUUCUUUCCCUAUUACUCCUUUGCCUCAGAAAAUUCAAUGGAGAAAGUCUUCCUGAGGUCAGUCUCUUUGUGACAUUAAGAUAUACAAAGAGGCAGCCAGCCAACCAAAAUACAAUCUUUUGUUGGCAACACAUGGCCUUCUGCUUUUCCCUGCUGCUCAGUGAAUUUUGUUACAUUUUUGUGUGUUGCAAACGUUUUAUUCUCUAAAGAAUCAUGGAAAGGAUGCUAAAGAUGCCAUUUUACAUAGAUCUUUUGAAUACCUUAUAUUGUAAAGCACUUUCCACCCCAAGUGCAUUGAUAUUUUAGCUUCACUAACCUUCCCCUUGGUUUGUUGCUUUUGUGUACAGAGUUCUGUUGUCUUCUCCCAGUAAUCUGGUGUUAUGUCAUUCAUUGACAAUGCAUUAUUCAAUCUUCCUAUUCAGGGUGGAAUAAAGCCAAGGCACCAAGCUAAUGGGGAUGGGAAGGCAAGAGAUGGUCACCGCAAGUGGCUGGGUAAAUAAAAAGCUAUAGUCAGUCAACUUUGGGGACGCAGCCAAACCCACUUAAGUCGAUGUGGUUUGUGUGCACAGCCUGACUUCCUCUGGCCAGGGGUAGGGAACCUGAAGUCUCAAGGCCACAUGUGGAACAAAUCCCAUUUGUUUUGUGAAGUUUGGAUUCAGUCAGAGGAUCUAGAGGUUCCAUACCCCUGCCAUAAGCCUUUUCUAGGACAGCAGAGCCGGCGUGCAGUGGAUCCUAAACACAGACACAGAAGUUUCGUGGUUCUUCGUUGGUGAGCUACCUUUGGGAGUGAUGGACAGCUUUCAUGCCUCACUCUUGCAGCUAUGGUCCCCACACAUCCUUACGCCAGCAUUAUUGAAAUCUUUUCUGAAAUUUGCCCCUCCUUUUGCUACUAAAGUCUUCUAGUGCUUGAGUGUAUAAAAAGGAAUUUUCUUUGAUGCUCAGAAAACUAUGAGACUGAUAGAAAAUGCACUUUACAACAGAUUAAAAAGGCUGCUUAAGUUCUCUUUGGGCAUUUUAGUGGAAAGCUCAGUAAGGAAAAGAAAUUUAAAGGAAGCCUCUGGAGAAUGAGAUGAAUAACAACCAACCAAAGCUUUUACCAGUCUCCCACUUAAAUGUACUAUUCUGUGCAACUACAAAAGAAAUUAAAGGCAGUCCUUGCCCUCUGAAUUUACAGCUUUAAAAACAGACAUAUUAAACAGAGAUAAAAACAAGGUUAAUAUUAUUACAUUACAUGCAAUGAAAGGACAGAUGCUUUUAGCAGAAUGGUAGGGAAGGUGCUAGAUUCAUCCCUACAAUCCUUUCUGGUUAUAUAACUGUGUUACAGCACUUUAUGUGUACCAAGUGGGUCAGUCUUUAGGGAAUUAUAGCAACCAUGAGGCCAGACCUGAUUGCUAGCUCUGUUUGGGCUCUUUCUUUUUACUCACCUUCCACAAGAAAGAAGGCAUAGCACUGGCCACUUGUGUGGCAAAGCAGAUACCACUGGACACUGGUGAGAGUGGGGUGGGGGCACCAUGGGAGCUAGGGAGCUCAAAGUGAGGGUUUCACUUUACCUACAGAGGACCAGGCCAGUGUGAACUUUAUCCUGGCUUUGAGACUUGAGAUGCUGGUUUAGGUUAUUCUUUCUGAUGUACUAGUUGCCUGCAGCAAUAUAGGAUAAACCUGGUUAAUCUCAGAUUUGCCCCCUGCAGAGUUAGAUUCACCAGUUAUGUUAAGUGCCUGCCUUGGAAUCAGUGUUAUUUCAGAUUGUUUUGCAGUGACUUACUGCCUUCAUCACCAUGAUGUUACUAUUUUAUAUUACAAUCUCAGGUUUAAUUUUGUAAUAAAAUGCUUUUAUUAUUAUCUCUCC